AUGUGCUCCUCUGAAAUCUGGAUUCCUGCUCCAAAACUUGAGCAGUACAUAUCAGUGAACUCCCAAUUGUUUUCUUAUAUUUUCUCAGUGUUUGAGAACAAGGACAAGAUCGUGAUCGUGAUGGAGUACGCCAGCAAGGGCGAGCUGUACGACUACAUCAGCGAGCGCAGGCGCCUGAGCGAGCGAGAGACGCGACACUUCUUCAGACAGAUAGUCUCCGCCGUACAUCACUGCCACAAGAAUGGAGUGGUGCACAGGGAUCUAAAACUGGAAAAUGUGCUACUGGAUGAAAACUGUAAUAUUAAGAUUGCUGACUUUGGGCUGUCGAACCUCUACCACAAGGACAAGCUGCUGCAAACCUUCUGCGGCAGCCCGCUCUACGCUUCGCCAGAGAUCGUCAAUGGGAGACCGUACCAUGGGCCAGAGGUGGACAGCUGGGCCCUGGGCGUGCUGUUGUACACCCUGGUCUACGGGACCAUGCCAUUCGAUGGGGGAGACCACAAGAACCUCAUUCGCCAGAUUAGCAACGGCGAUUACAAAGAGCCCACUCAGUCCUCAGAUGCCCGUGGACUGAUCCGCUGGAUGCUGAUGGUGAACCCUGAGCGCCGGGCCACAGUGGAGGACAUAGCCAAUCACUGGUGGGUAAACUGGGGCUGGAAGAACAGUGUGUGUGACUGCGAGACCCAACGCGACCACGGAGGCUCGCCCAUGCUGGCCCGCUUCAUCGACUGGCAGAACCGCACUGAGCCACGUGGUUCUGGAGCUAAAGCUGGGGCCAUGCCCCAGCUGCUGCGCCAGAGGCCCAAAAAGUCCAAGAAGGAAAAUGUCGAAGGAGGACAGACGCACUGCGGGGCAGAGGACAAGCCGGGUCUGAAGAGACCCAAGGGCAUCUUGAAGACCAGGGUCACUGAAGAGCAGCAGGCGGCCUGUCUGGAGGAAGCAGAGUUGGGCCAGACGGCGCUGCCUCAACAAGCCGAAGGGGGAGGGGAGGACUCAAGUCCAGACCGAGAGGAAGAGGAGCCGAUUCUGGGAGGAGGCUCACCAGCGAAGAUAGUGCCCUCUCUGCCCAAGAAAGGCAUCUUGAAGAACAACCAACAGCGGGAAUCAGGGUACUACUCCUCCCCGGAGCGUAGCGAGUCCUCCGAGCUUUUAGGAGGGGCCAGUAUGUCUCUACUCGCCACCUCCCCACCCAAGAGAAUGAUGGGGAGAAAAGGCAUCUUGAAGCGAAAUGGCAAGUACUCCACCUACAGCGGGCCUCCUUCAGCAGCAGCAGUGGCCGGAGUUCAUGGCGAGCCUCCUCCAUCGACUGAUUCCGGUCUGUCACGCAGUCAAAGUCGGCCCUCCAGCAUAGUCGGGGAGGACAGCUCCGUCCUGUCCCUGUCGCCCAGCUCCCUCAGCGGGGCAGAGUGGCAUCCUUCCACCCCGCACCUCCGCCCGAACAUCAGGGCCUGUGUCUCAGCCGAAAACCUGCUGCAGCUCGCCAACUUCAAGGGCUUCCAGGCAGCCCCGCCUCUCCAGGGACCCAAGUUCAGCCGCUGCGCCAAAACGAAAGGCUCCCCGGGGGACAAUGGCAGCUUCUCCUUGCUGGGGGACCUGGAGGACAUGACUCAGGUGUACCAGCAAGCCCUGGACAUCAGCGGCAAUCUCACCUAACACUCGGGUGGCAGAGAGAGAAGAAGCAGAGGGAGUUAAACCUGAGUGUGUGCGUGUAUGUGUGUGCACAGAUGUAUGUGGGCGGCAUUAACGACCAGUGCGUUACUGGGAUACACCUUUUUUGAAAGUUGCGGCUUCUCAAAAUAGGACCAAAGUCUUGAAGGAAAUGAUGUACAUCUACACACACACACAUACAUACACACACACAUGCACACACUUAGGUGCACUUCUCUGGCCAGAGGAAAUUCAGUUAGGGCUUUGUGAACAGGAGAGAGGAGGAGAAGGAGCUGGCACGAGAGAAUGCCACCCAGUCUGCUUUCUCGGCCCGCCCAUAGACUUUGCUGUGUUCAACAUGUUUACAUAUUCAGCAAGAAGGCAAGUUAGAAUCACAAACGCGGCGACCAGACACUGGUUGGCUCUUCUCGUACACCACCCAAUCUUUGAGUUUGAGUUUACAAAAGCACCUUAAAACUCACACAGAGCACAUGCUUUUGUGAUCUUUACUUCCUUUGAAAAACAAACCAGGGUCUUGUUCCAAAAAAAAAAAAACUGACAUUGCUGAUUAUUUAUUAAUAAUGUUUUGCGUAGCUUUUACUUUUAUGUGCUAAACUGGUGGGCGCUGGCUGUUACUGGAAGAGUCUCCAACUCUAUGUGUGGAACUGACAUAUAUAAUUAUGUUACUCGGUGAUGAGAAACAUAUAUAUACUCAGCAUAUAUAACUACGUCUGUGCAUGUAAGACACGCAGGCGAUUAUACCUUCAUAAAAGCGUAUGCCCUAUAUAUGUGUAUGAUACUAUGGACUAUGUAGGAAGUGCCUUUUUUGAUUCAUAAUAAAAAAAUUAUGUAUGUCAUUUCCUUAAAGUGGAGGGAAAAGCCAGGCCAACCUGUCACCAGUUGUGCUUUUUUUUUUUUUUUCAUGUUGUUUGUGAAUGUGGAGAGACCCAGGGCCUUCGCCGCACAGCUGACUAGCUUUACUUAUGUUGUGGUUCAAAGGUCAAACUGAGACAGUUGAGAUCAAACGGUCUCGUCUCCCCCCCCCCGUCCCGGUCCUUCUCACACUCACACACAGAUAUGCCAACAUCUGCAGGCAGCCUCAGAACAAACUCCUCUGUGUUCUUUGUCAGUGUCUAAGCCCAUAGUUGAGUUUGUCAGCAGUUUAGGUUGCUUGGUUGAACACAGAUUAGCCGACAGCACCAGAGGUCUGCAGGGACUCACCUACAUGUGGUGGAGGGAGAUGGCACAGACACCAUCUCACAGUCCUGGAAUGUGCCUGGUGCUCCUUUAACCUUUUCACAUUUACGGGGCUACCUGAUCAAGUAGGAUCUUUAGUGUGAGAUUUUUGUUUUCUACCAAAGAUAAGUAAGGUGUUUUCAGUUGUUGGACUGGUUAAUAUUUCACCCGGAGUGCUUUGAAAAGAGCCUAGUAAGGUGUUUUUUUAGCCUUCUGAUGACACAGCGAAUUCCUCAGACAAAAGGCUGGAGACAUGUCGGUGCUCGAGAUCGCUAUCAGCUCCAGUCCGACUCAGCACAGGUGGGAUCUGCGGUCCGCGCUGAGCCCUCCAGCUGUGUAUACUAGUCCAUUAUUUCAACCGAGCACAAUUAGCCAGCUAUUGUUUUCAUUUGUGAGUAAGAGAGCAGCAGAGAGUAGAGAUUUAUAGCUAGAGGGAGGUGAGAAAAGUGUGAAAGACUGAUGCACGGAGCGGUGCUGUAGAUUAGAGAGGGCUUCUCCUGGAAAACAGGAGAGGUCAAUGAGAUAGAUUUCUUUUUGGGAAGGGAUUGUCAUGUAGAUGAGUGAGAGUAAAGAAAAGUAAGUAGAAAGUGUAGAUGGAAUGUUUUUAUACCAAAGAUGUGAAGAAGCUUUGACAAGAUUCAGGGGAAAUAAUAUCGGGACUAAUGAGAUCCCUUCGGAUUUUAAUUUCACGUGAGACGCCCCAGCGGUGAAUGAAAUCAUCGCCACGUUGGCUGCGAGAGGCCGGAGGCUGUUGUUCUUGAGGGUCAGUGUGUGAGUUUGUGUGUCCUGCAUGGCCUUAGAAAGUGUGUUACGCUUUUCAACAGCAGUGACAAAGUGAAGAGGGAAACGGUGACUGGCAUCAUCCUAGAUAUCAGAUUGUUUGGAUUUAAAACCAUGCAGUGGAUGACCCCCGAGGAAAAGAGAUCACAUGUUGAAUGUUUUUCAGUGGUCGGCUCGUGUGAAGGCAAGGUCCUGGGUAUUGAUUCUAAUGAAAGACCCGCUGCGUAUUAUAUUGCAUUUUAUUGCCUUUUUGUAUUGCAUUUUUAUUGUCAACUGGAUUUACAGUGAGAAAAUUAUACUAUGUUAGUAUUUUGUUUUAUUAUGCUUCUGUUUUUGAUUUUCCAAAAUAUAAGAAACUUUGUAUUGCUUUAUGUUAUGGCAGAAAAUACUUCCUUCCUCGAAGUGCUAAAAUGUCUCUCCAGAAAACAGGAAAAAUUGGAAAAACUCCCCUCUGUUUUGUUGUAGUUAGUGAAACCCAUUGACCAGAUCCAAAUGGCAAAAACUGACUUUUUAGAAUUAAAAUGUAAAACUGAAUAGGGGAAAAUGAAAACAUAUGUACUCAUAUGUGGACAGGUGACCUUGUGAAAAUUGAACUCCAACAUAACCUCUACCAAAGCACAGGAGAUCCAAAAAGUCCAAAAUGCUGGAACAACAUCUCGAGAAUGGAAAAAAAAGUGAAGAUGAAACUUUAACUCUGCCAAACUGGAAAUGGUGCAUAUCUGUUAGUUAGCAGAAAGUCUAAUCAUAGGAAAACUUGACUGGAUAUUGUUAUGACAAUAAUAAUAAAUUAGUAUUAUUAUGUUAUUUAAGUAUUAUUAUUUUUGUUAUGGCUCAUUACUAUGGUUGGCUUUGCCACACUUUUUGGUUUUAUGUUUUUUUUCUGUUGGUGAUUCUGGACUGCCAAGGUGGAUUAAGUUGUGUGCCUUUGGUAUCUUUUAUUAUCGUUUUUUUUCCUCUUUUUUUUUGAUAAUGAAAAUUAUUAUCAAUGUGUUUUUAUACUUGUAUUUAUUGGUGAUCAAGCCAUUUAAUUUGUUAAGUGCUCCGUGUCAAUGCUUGGGCCAGCUUCAGACAGUGUGUUGUGCUCAGAACGUACUGCACACGAACACGUUUGUUCAAAGUUAGAGUGGUAUCAUCUCAUUGUGAAGCCAGUGGUCAAUUAUGCAUUUGUAAGAAAUCAAUAGGGGUUCCUCAAAUCUUGUAAAAUGUCUUAACUCAUCAAUUUUGGGUGUAUUUCUACUCAACACAAAGCCUCUGUAGUACUGUAUCAACUCAAAUAAAUGGAUCUUGAAAGUUA